CUGUAUUCGGAUAGCUAAACAAUAAAAGACUUCACCCUCUUUAUCGUCAUUUUUACUUCGGUCGAAAUUGAAUAAGAAAUUUUCCAACAUAAAAGACCAUUGAUGGAAAACUGAAUAAUAAAAAUGGAUCCGCUGUGCCGUCUGUGAUAUUGUCGAUUUGAUAUCGUAGACAUUGGAGAAUUCGAACGACGGACAAAGUUUAGUGAUAAAAUUCGCAGUUUUUGCUGUAUCCACCCGAGUAAGCAAAUGAAAAAUAUUUGGUGUGACCAAACGAUUGUAUGGAAUUGUGGUGCGGAUGAAGCAUUAACUAGGUGAAGUCUGUGAAGUAUUUGUGUUGUUUUAUUUUUUUGGUGUCAGUGUCAUUCGUAAUAGUUCAAUUGUUUAGUGCGAAAAGUUAAAUUUAAUUUAAAGAUAAAAGUGGAACACGAAACGAAACAUCGGAAAUAAUUUAGCACAAGUAUGGGUACCGUACUGUCUUUCAGUCCAAGAGAACGUCGUCCAGUCUAUUCGACACACCAUCAUAGCAGCGGUCUGAGCACAUCGAGCUCGGCCGAUUAUCCGUUAAAUAAUUUCUCCUACGAACAGCUAAACAAUGUGAAAAAUCGCGAAAAUAACAAAUCUUUAUGUCCUGUGCCUAAUAACAACGCGAAUCUAGUUUUGAUGGGUCAGACACACAACAACCACAUCAACAACAAUGGGAACAACAUCAAUCCGACUGCAUCGGAACGUAAUAUGGACAGUGCGAGAAUUUUGUCGGAAAAGAAUGCGUUGGAGAAGAAUCUGAAAAAGCAUUCGCUGUUCAUAAACGCUCUGUCCUGGAAACGAUUGGCUGCAUCGCAUGGGAAAAAGAAAUUGGACAACAAUAAAAACAAGGCAGCAAAUCUACCAACGGCAACAUUUCGGCAGCCAUUGGUGGACGCCAUUCAUCCGUUAGUUGUUGACAAAAACAAAAAUAUCCAACACAAUCAGCAGCAAGUGUAUUUUACGCCUGGUGCACCGAAAGCAUUGUUGGCAUUAGAUCUUGUACGGGCUAAUAAUACCAAUAAUGCACAGCAAACCGAUAAAUUGGCACCAAAAUUACCUUUAUCGCUGCCAUUGCCAAUGCAAACGGCUAUUACGCAUCCUCAACAUAGUCAUGGACCCAGAAAGACUGUAAUACAGGCCUCAACAUCCGAGUUGCUUAAGUGCCUGGGAAUGUUUCUACAUGAUAGAUGCAGAAAAUUACGAGAUUUUCAAGCCGGAGAUGCCGUUAUGUGGUUAAGAGCAGUCGAUCGAAGCCUAUUGUUACAAGGAUGGCAGGAUGUCGCUUUUAUAAAUCCAGCAAACGUUGUAUUCGUCUAUAUGUUAGUGCGUGAAUUGGUCGACGGUGAAGAGACCAAAGAGUCAGAACUGCAAGCAUCUGUUUUAACAUGCCUUUAUUUGUCAUACUCGUACAUGGGAAAUGAAAUCAGUUAUCCGUUGAAACCGUUUUUGGUCGAAGAUUCCAAAGAUAAAUUCUGGGAUAGAUGUCUUCUAAUUGUGAAUCGACUUAGUGGCAAAAUGCUUCGAAUAAACGCUGAACCGGGCUUUUUUACCGAAAUAUUUACCGAACUUAAAGCAUGCGGAAUCAGCACAAAUAAUAAUCCAAUCACUGGCAUGCCGUGUGGGGCUGCUUGACGCGGUAGACAUGGUAGAGACGUUGUAGUCAGACUAUCCAUUGCCGGUCAGCAACAGAAAUAUCAGCAUCAAACAUCGCUGCAAGAAUUGACCAGUGUGGUCUAGGUAAAUAUCGAGACUAAAUUAAUUCAGCAAACUAACAAAAAAUGGAAAUUUGAGAAAUUCAAGAAUAUAAAUGAGGGAAGGGAAAAAGUGUUCAACAUUUUUUUGUUCGUUUUUGUUUUUCGUUUUAACUUAUUACGGUGAUCAUUAUAUACCAUUUUACUAAUUAUAUAUAUAUGGAAAACAUUGUUAAUCAAUCACAGAAAAACACAAUUCAAUUCAAACUAUAAAAUAGUAUGUAAGUCCUAUUAAAUUACAGAGAUCAAAUCAUUCAAGUCACUUCAACAUUAAUUAAAAAUCAAAAUAGAAAAAUGUUCUAACCAAAGUUCAAAUCAACAUCGAUGUAAUGUUUUGGAUAUGAAGCUGACGCAUCGCCUAAAAAUUAAAUCCGAAAUAUCGCUCCAUUUCUUCCAUCUAAAAUUGAAAAUUUCAUAUUUAGGUUAAUGCACGGCUAGUACUAAAAAUUCUGAUCAGUCAUCUGCUAUCGAAAGCGACGUCAGAAAUAAGCUCUGGUCAGUGUUCUCUUCCAUAUAAUGAAUGUAUGACAGAACUAUUAAGGUAAUAGAUUUCGUCUCAAACACUAGGAGAUACUUUAAACAAAUGAAGUAAAAGAUUCAAUGAUUUGGUUGGAUACGCUUGCUGUUUCUAAUAGGCAUUUUCUAAACGAAAGUUUGGAAUGGAUAUCGAUCGAUUGAAGACUCAGUUCAUUACAAAUAAAUAGUCAUACGUGCACUUAUAUUGCUAACACCCGUGAAUCCAUUCUCAGUGCAGAUUGGCAACGGUAUUAGGAAACAACAAGUCGAAAGUAAAGAGCAAAUCCUUAAAAAUGCUGUCCGUGCAAUAAAUAAAACCUUCGUGUUUUCCUUGUACGGAUGAAUCGUCAAUCAAUUGAUUUGCCAAUUCACACCUUAACGUUCCCAAAAGAAAUCGUAUGCUUAGCACGUAUAGCAGGGUAGUGUUAAAAGUUGGAAUGGUUUUACCUUGAAGUGUUCUAGCUCCAUUUCAACAUUGAAUCAGAUUCAGAAUUAGAACUCAAGGAAGAAACUGGUGAUAACCCAGUACUGUUAGUUUAAAUAUUCUCUUCGGUCUGCAUGACAAGAAAAGGUUUGUGAACUAUUUGGUGUCCUGAUUUUCAAGGCUAGAUAAAACAAUAUUUCACUACUAUCUUUUGUUGAGCUUAGUGAUUGAGAUUCCAUUAUCGUGUGUCAUGACUUCUAUGGUACCGCUACGGUCAUGACCCAAAAAAUUAUUUCACUGCAAGGAUCCUUGAGUCUCAUUUCCAAUUCUUCGUUUGUUUUUCUUUUGCGUCAAUUGAGUUGUCGUUGUGAAGGAACUGAUAUUUUGGAUUUUGAAUAUGGAAUGGCAUUCGGAAACAUUACACUCUAUCAUGAAACGAUCGUUAACGUAUCGAAUAAUAAAUCGACCCAGAAAUUGAACCAAAAUUUAUUAAAAAGCUCAAGCUAAAAUAGUUCAAAAAUUGAUUUUAAAAUGGUCGAACAAAUAAAAAGAUAAAUU